AUGCAUUCAGCAGAUGCAACAACUCUCUCUUUCACACUCUCUCACAUACACAGGCAUACAACUAUCUACCUAUUUCAUAUUAUCUAUCUAUUUCACAUUAUCUAUCUACCAAUCUAUUUCACAUUAUCUAUCUUUCUACCUAACUCACAUUAUCUAUCUAUCUAUCUAUCUAUCUUUCUAUCUAUCUAUCUAUCUAUCUACUUUCCAUUAUCUACAUAUUUGACAUUAUCUAUCUGUAUAUCUAUUUCACAUUAUCUAUCUAUAUAUCUAUCUAUCUAUCUAUUUCAUAUUAUCUAUCUACCUAUCUAUUUCACAUUAUCUAUCUAUCUAUCUAUCUAUCUAUCUAUCUAUCUAUCUCUAUCUGUCUGUCUAUUUCAUAUUAUCUAUCUACCUAUCUAUUUCACAUUAUCUCUCUAUCUAUCUAUUUCAUAUUAUCUAUCUACCUAUCUAUUUCACAUUAUCUAUCUAUCUAUCUGUCUGUCUAUUUCAUAUUAUCUAUCUACCCAUUCAUUUCACAUUAUCUCUCCAUCCAUCCAUCUAUCUAUUUCAUAUUAUCUAUCUACCUAUCUAUUUCACAUUAUCUCUCUAUCUAUCUAUUUCAUAUUAUCUAUCUACCUAUCUAUUUCUCAUUAUCUCUCUAUCUAUCUAUUUCAUAUUAUCUAUCUACCUAUCUAUUUCACAUUAUCUCUCCAUUCAUCUAUUUCAUAUUAUCCAUCUACCCAUCUAUUUCACAUUAUCUCUAUCUAUCUAUUUCAUAUUAUCUAUCUAUCUAUCUAUUUCACAUUAUCUAUCUAUCUAUUUCAUAUUAUCUAUCCAUCUACCUCUAUUCACACAUUAUCUCUCUAUCUAUCUAUUUCAUAUUAUCUAUCUACCUAUCUAUUUCACAUUAUCUAUCUAUCUAUCUGUCUGUCUAUUUCAUAUUAUCUAUCUACCUAUCUAUUUCACAUUAUCUCUCUAUCUAUCUAUUUCAUAUUAUCUAUCUACCCAUCUAUUUCACAUCAUUCAUAUCUAUCUAUCUGUCUAUUUCAUAUUAUCUAUCUACCUAUCUAUUUCACAUUAUCUAUCUAUCCAUAUCUCCAUCUAUCUAUUUCAUAUUAUAUCCAUCUACCUAUCUAUUUCACAUUAUCUCUAUCUAUCUAUCAUCUAUCUAUCUACCUAUCUAUUCAUCAUUAUCUAUCUAUCUAUUUCAUAUUAUCUAUCUACCUAUCUAUCUAUUUCCCAUUAUCUAUUCAUCUAUCUGUCUGUCUAUAUUUCAUAUUAUCUAUCUAUCUAUCUAUUUCACAUUAUCUAUCUACCUAUCUAUUUCAUUAUUAUCUAUCUAUCUAUCUAUUUCACAUUAUUUCAUAUUAUCUAUUUCAUAUUAUUUCACCUAUCUAUUUCACAUUCAUCUAUCUAUCUAUCUGUCUGUCUAUUUCAUAUUAUCUAUCUACCUAUCUAUUUCACAUUAUCUCUCUAUCUAUUUCAUAUUAUCUAUCUACCCAUCUAUCCAUCAUUAUCUCAUCUAUCUAUCUAUUUCAUAUUAUCUAUCUACCCAUCUAUUUCACAUCAUCAUCUAUCUAUCUGUCUGUCUAUUUCAUAUUAUCUAUCUACCCAUCUAUUUCACAUUAUCUAUCUAUCUAUCUAUUUCAUAUUAUCUAUCUACCUAUCUAUUUCACAUUAUCUCUCUAUCUAUCUAUUUCAUAUUAUCUAUCUACCUAUCUAUUUCACAUUAUCUAUCUAUCUAUCUGUCUGUCUAUUUCAUAUUAUCUAUCUACCUAUCUAUUUCACAUUAUCUCUCUAUCUAUCUAUUUCAUAUUAUCUAUCUACCUAUCUAUUUCACAUUAUCUCUCUAUCUAUCUAUUUCAUAUUAUCUAUCUACCUAUCUAUUUCACAUUAUCUAUCUAUCUAUCUGUCUGUCUAUUUCAUAUUAUCUAUCUACCUAUCUAUUUCACAUUAUCUCUCUAUCUAUCUAUUUCAUAUUAUCUAUCUACCUAUCUAUUUCACAUUAUCUGUCUGUCUAUCUAUUUCACAUUAUCUCUCUAUCUGUCUGUCUAUCUAUCUAUUUCAUAUUAUCUAUCUACCUAUCUAUUUCACAUUAUCUGUCUGUCUAUCUAUUUCACAUUAUCUCUCUAUCUGUCUGUCUAUCUAUCUGUCUGGUACAUAAAUACACCUGCAAUAUAUACAAUAUUUAUUUCAACUCCAGUUUUUGAUAUGACAGCAACAAUUCAUUUUUUGGUCUGA